AUGGUGGUCCACAACCCUAACAACUGUGUCCUGGGAAAGGCAAAGAACAACCUGAACGAAGGUGAACGUAUUUCAGGAACCAUCACCAUAGCCGAGUUUGAACACGAUCAAGACGAGAGUGAAUACAUUUACGAGAUCGAUGUUGAUAAUGGGCCAUCCGAGUUACGCAAGAAUUUGAUACCUUUGUUGACCUCAAAGUUGGUCAAGUUUCAACCGGAUUUGCUAGAAGCACAUGCAAAAGAUGUACAACACGCAGAGACAUAG